AUGGCACUUCCAUUAACCGCCACUGAACUACGAGGCAGCGGAAUUCAGUUUGUAUUUCAGUAUCUGGGUAGUGUACCCGUAACUGCGGCUCUGCAUGAGAUGACCGCCGAUAUGCGACCACUCGUCGUUAAAGAGUGCAUAAACAUGGUUGCUGCAGAGAUCGGACUAAUUCCUCCACCUAAGCCGAACGCAAUCAUGAAACCGAAGCACGAAGCCAAAUCGAACACUGCUGAUAUGUUUGGAUAUAUAGCGAAGCUUAGGAACGAAACUGAUAGACGUUGUCAUGUACCAAGAGUAAUGCACAUCAUUGAUGAUGCUAUCCGUUUGGCCACGCUCGACAUGUCGCCUCCCAUGGCGCCACCCAUUCAACCCACCUCUGGCAUAGUUAAUAUUGAUCCAACGUUCGCCCAGGAGCCUAAGCGACAGCCUCUGGCGCCUUCACCUCGGCCAGCUAAUAGGAAUCACAUUCCUGAUCGGCCUUCCCCAGAACCUGGUGGGUCAUGUUCAAGAGACGAUCCGAAUGGCCUUCUUGGGUUGGAUUUGUGCGACAAGCCAUGGUUCCAUGGUGAACUUAAUCGUGCGAGUUCUGAAUAUCUUUUACAGAAGGAUGGUGAUUUUUUGGUUAGAACAAGUGCAAACUCGCCGGGACAAUUCAUCCUGGACGGAAUGGAACAAGGGAAGCAUCGUCAUAUUCUCCUUAUAAAUGAGGGGGUGGUUCGAACAGUCAAUAACGUGUUCCCUUCUGUGUCUGCACUUAUUCAUUACCACUAUAGUAAUUGUAUACCGAUAGCUACUCAAGAAUCUACAGUAUUCUUAUUAAAUCCUAUUUUGAGGUAG